AGGCAUGGGAGGGACAGAGGGGCGUUUCUACACGGACCAGAAGUCUGGCUCACAGUGGGGCGGGGGAGGGGCCAGGGUUGCUGUGACGUCGACCCCAGCAUUGAGACCCCCACAAUGCCCGCAAGGACCAGAACCUCGGGCAGCGCCAGACUCUGCAGGGUCCAAGAACAGCCAGCCUUUCCUGCCCAAGAUUGAAGGCCCUCUGCUGCAGAUCAUGGGCCGCCCCCCAUCAGAGGUUGAAGAUGCCCUUCUGGAGAAUGAAGUCCUCCCAGACAGCAUGCCGUGCUUCCCAGAGGGAGACAGUAUAAGCAACACAGAGAGGGACCAGGGCCCUUGGGAUGUGGUAUUAUCCCCUGAUGGGGAGGGAUCCACAGGGGUCGUGGACAGAAGCAAACUGCUAUGGGAGUCCAGCCUGGCCCCCAUCUCUGAGGCCUUGGGGACCCCAACCACAGACCACCCUGCUAGCUGUAACUGUGGGCAGCUGGGACCCAUAGCACUCUUCUCUCUCCCGGAGGCCACGGAGCCAGUGUCACAAAACUCCUCCCAGAGCCCUCAGGUUUUGCCCACCCCCCCCAAACAAAAUGAUUGGAGGAUGGACAAAGAAGAGAAAAAAGACCCUGAGCUGAUGAGCUCCUACCCAAUGAGGCCUGACCCUGCCAGACAUAUUUGGCCCAAGAAUCGAAUGUGCCAGGCAUAUAACGGAGCCCCAGAGGCAGGCAGACCCACAUCGGGAUGCCGGGGACCUCAGGCUUUCAGUUAUACAGACUCUGGUGAAGCACGGGCCCUGGUGCCACCUCAGCUAGACCUGAGCUCCACACAAGGGUGUGCUACUCCAAAGCCCUGUUGUGAAUGGCCAGAAGUACAAGCAUACACAGACAUGAAAAUGCACAUAGAGAAGCCAUCUCCAGCUCUUAAACAUGAUCACACACAUAGAAAAAAGCAUAUGCGCAUGACAACAGACACAGAUCUAGGUCCUCCAACCUUUUAAUCCCCCUGAAAACGCUGGUCCCACAGUGAUAUCCUGAGGAUGGACUGAAGGAUCCUGGGAUUUGGAGAGAAACAAGUGUUCAAUAAAGGCUAAAAGACUCCCUA